GUGUAAACAACUACAGAAAAAGAUAUUGUUAAAUUUCAUCUAGCAUGCCAUAAUAUUUGUAACAAUUUUAUACAGUUCGUUUAUUAACCAAAGUGAUCCAAAAAAAUGGCAGACUUUUUAGCUGAAAAUAACCAGUGUGGACAGAAUAUUUUAAGACUCGUUUCUCGUGGAAAUGCCAUCAUUGCUGAAUUAUUACGUUUAGCAGAUUUUAUCCCUCCUAUUUUCCGGCUGGAUAAUAGAAAUGACGUGACCAGAUAUAGUGAAAUUAUAGCAGAUUUCAGUUAUUUUAAAAGUUCAGAAUUCUUUGACCAUAGAAUAGAGUCAAGAGUUGAACUACAAGAUUUAGAUGAAGAAUUCAGUGAGAAUCACAUUGAAAUAUUAACCAGGUUUUACCAAGCUUUUGCCAGUGUACAUAAAUAUGUUUCAGAUCUAAACAGAUAUUUAGAAGAUUUAGAUGAAGGUGUAUACAUACAACAAACAUUAGAAUCAGUAUUUUUAAAUGAUGAUGGUAAACAACUCAUGUGUGAAGCAUUAUAUCUAUAUGGUGUUAUGUUAUUGUUAAUUGAUAUUAAAUUUGAAGGAAUUGUUAGAGAAAGAAUUCUAGUAUCCUAUUACAGAUACAGUGCUCAGAAGUCAGCAGCCACAGAUUCUAGUAUUGAUGAUGUUUGUAAAUUAUUACGUAGUACUGGUUUUUCUAACUUACCUGGUGCUAAACGUCCACCAAAUUAUCCUGAAUCAUUCUUCAAUCGUGUACCUAUAAAUGAGGAGUAUAUUAACAUUGUUGUUGGUAGAUUGAGAUCAGAUGAUAUCUAUAAUCAAAUAUCAGCUUAUCCUCUACCAGAACAUAGAUCUACUGCUCUAGCUACACAAGCCAGUAUGUUAUAUAUUAUAUUAUACUUUGAACCUGAUAUCUUAUAUACUCAACAAGCUAAAAUGAGGGAAAUUGUUGACAAGCAUUUCCCUGAUAAUUGGGUUAUCAGUAUCUAUAUGGGUGUCAUUGUUAAUUUGAUGGAUGCUUGGUUACCAUAUAAAGCAGCUAUAACAGCUCUGAAUAAUACUUUAGAUACCAAUAAUGUUAGAGAACAGUCUGUAAGAUAUGCUAAGAAGUUAGAGAAGUUACAGCCUGUAUUAGAUAAAUAUCUUAAAGAGGGUGUAUUAAUGGAAGAAUUUGUCUUAGAUAAUAUACCUAAAUUGAUGAAUGUAAUGAGAGAUAGUAAUGUCACUUUAAGAUGGUUAAUGUUACAUACAGCUGCCUUACCACCAACCGCAGAAUUGAAUAAAAAAUGUAAACUAAUUCGAGAUCAAGUCAUAGUAGAUAGUAAAUACAAUGCUUUAUUAGUAUUUCAACAUCUACUCAAUACAGCACAGUAUGAAUAUAAACUUAAAGAGUUAUUCCGGCAAAUGUUGGAUGAGAAACAGAAUAAAUGGGAAGCGUAUAAAGUUGAGGGACAAGAGAGAAUGCAAGAAUUAGGAGAUGUGUUUUCUGGUACUAAACCACUUACUAGAGUUGAAAAAAGUGAAAGUUUACAAAAUUGGUUUGGUGAGAUGACAAAACAGAUAGCAUCGCUAGAUUAUGAAGAUUCUACAUCUGCUGGUAGGAAGAUUAUACAACUUAUACAAGCUAUGGAAGAGGUUCAAGAGUUUCAUCAGUUAGAAAGUAAUUUACAAGUCAAACAGUUUUUAGCUGAUACUAGAAAAUAUCUCCAUCAAAUGUUACGUACUAUUAAUAUUAAAGAAGAGGUUUUAAUACAGACUGAAAUAGUGGCUGAUUUAUCUUAUGCUUGGGAAAUUAUUGAUAGUUAUACAGGAUAUAUGCAGCAAGGAAUUAAGAAAGAUCCAUCACUUGUUAUUAAACUUAGAGCAACAUUUCUAAAGAUGGCCUCAGCCUUAGAUUUACCAUUGUUACGUGUUAAUCAAGCUGGUAGUAAAGAUUUAAUGAGUGUAUCACAGUAUUACUCUGGGGAACUGGUAGCUUAUGUUAGAAAAGUCCUACAGAUUAUACCACAGACAAUGUUUAGUUUGUUAGCUAGUAUUAUCAGACUAUUAACUAACAGAAUACAAGAAGUACCAACUAGACUAGAAAAAGAUAAAAUGAAAGACUUUGCUCAGUUAGAUGAGAGAUAUCAGGUAGCUAAAUUAACCCACUCUAUAUCUGUAUUUACUGAGGGAAUACUGAUGAUGAAAACAACUUUAGUUGGUAUUAUUAAGAUUGAUCCUAAACGUCUACUAGAAGAUGGUAUAAGAAAAGAGUUGGUACAACAAGUAGCUUAUGCUUUACAUAAAGGCAUCAUGUUUAAUCCUAAAGCCAAGGUGAGUGAACUAUUACCCAAGUUAGCUACACUAGGUGAACAAAUGGAUGGUUUUAGAAGAUCAUUUGAGUAUAUACAGGACUAUGUGAAUAUCUAUGGUUUAAAGAUAUGGCAAGAAGAAAUAUCUAGAAUUAUUUAUUAUAAUGUUGAACAAGAAUGUAAUAGCUUCUUAAGAACAAAGGUGUUAGAUUGGCAGAGUGUUUAUCAAUCAACAGCUAUACCUAUACCUAGAUUUCCACCAGUAGAUGAAAGUGUUAAUUUUAUUGGAAGACUAGCUAGAGAGAUAUUACGUAUAACAGAUUCUAGGACUACUAUUUAUAUAGAUCAGAUGAAAGCUUGGUAUGAUGUUAAAACUAAACAAGAAGUAGCAAAUAGAACUUUAUUUCAACAAAUACAUAGAGCAGUGGGAAGUUUUGGACUGUCAGGUUUAGAUAGAUUACUAUGUUUUAUGAUAGUUAAAGAAUUACAGAAUUUUCAACUGAACCUACAACGUGGUGUUAUCAGGGAUAAAUCUUGGUUAGAGUUCUUCUCAUUAUAUACUAAAUUAUUACAACCAUUACAAGGAACUGUCAAUCAACCUCAGAAAGUGUAUUCACAAGCUGUAUCUAAAACUGUUAAAUUAUGGCCAGUCUAUCUAGAUAUUAUAUUACGGGUUGGUCAAAUGCAGUUAUUAAGAAGACAGAUAGCUUAUGAAUUGAAUACAUCUUGUAAAUUUGAUUCUAAAUUCUUAGCCAGCUCUUUACAGACAGUGAAUCGUGCCUUACUAGCAGAUAUAGAGAAACACUAUCAAGAUCCUACUCAACCUUAUCCUAAAGAAGAAAAUCCAUUGAUGUAUGAAUUAACUGCUUAUUUAGAAUCAUCAGGUUUCCAUAAUCCUCUUGAUAAAAUUUAUAUAACAACAAUGAGAGUGCCAUUCUUUCCUUUAUUCAACUAUUUCUUAGUUCUAUCCCAAUUACCAAAACUCGUUUACAAUAAAUCAGUCAGUAGCUUAGUUAGUAAGAAGCCACAAGAACAUUUAGAUGCUCCUUCUUUUACAAUUGGUGUUUUGACAUUACUGAAACAAUUCCAUGCUGACAACACUAAUUUCUUCUUAGCAUUCCUUGGACAAUAUAUUAGAUCCUGUGUGGAAGCAAUGAGCAGUUCGAAGUCCCCUGAACUGUCUCAAGAUGUAUUAAAUGUAUUAUUGUUUUUAGAGGAUUAUAUAUUCUAUAAUCGUUUACCAAGAAAGUCAGUGGAAUCUUUUAUACCAUCUUAUAUAUUUGAUGAAUUUAGAUCCCAGUAUGCAUAGUCAAAGACUGUUGGAGUUGCUUUAUAGGCUACUGUCAAGAUGUGUAGAAGUGGAUUGUGGGCAAUUUUUCAAAAACAAUGAUCAAGGAGCAAUUAAAUAGUAAAUUUAUUGCAAAAUAUAAAGUUGUUAAAUUUAUAUUUGUUAUUUAUAUAAAGAAUAUUGUUAUAUAAAAUAUUAAGAAUAGAAAUAUAAAUUGUUAUUAACAAAUUUGUGCUGCAGAUGAAUGACCAUUGUCACUGUUACAGAGUGUCAUAUAGCAUGUGAACAAGAAGAGAUAAGAACACCCUUCUUCAAAUAUUCCUUAACACAAAAAUGCACUUCCAGUUAAAAAAUUGGGAAAUUAAUACAAAAAAAGUAAUAGUUCUUUAGGCUCCAUAUAAUUGACAGAUUGAACAGAUAAAUUUUGACAUGAUUGUUGGAGAGAAAUUAACCAUCUUGAGGGCUGGAGGUUCAAAAUUGACUAGCUUAAUUGAAUAAUUAAUUACAAUCUCCAAAGGCAAAUCUCGUAGAUGUUGUGCUCAAAGGUUUAGACAUCGUAUGCAUCAACUCUUACUAGCUUGGAAAGCAUAUUCAUCGUUAAUUAUAUAUGAAAUAAAUAAGAUUGGUUCCCAAAAAUGAAGCAGACAAAUAAAUUACAUAAAAAUUAAUAAUUUUACUUUUAUUCAGCUGUUUUAUUGAUCAAACAAAAAGAUUACUUUAUGAAUUAAUUUGAGUCCACUAUUAAUGGUAUGGAGCAAAUCAACUAGCUAUACUCUAUCUUGAAUUUAUUUUUGUCAGACAGAAUCAUAAGGAUAUGCAUUAUUUUUAAUGGUAAUUCUAAUCAGGGUUUUC